UUUGCUGUACAUUUUCAAAGUCUUGAAGAUGCUUUUCAAAGUCGUUUCCCCCUUAAGACGCGUCCAGAAUGGAUGGAGUACCAUGUGUCCGUUAUGUAAACUCCACCUCUCCAUUUCUAACGCCAGCUCUCCAUUUCUUUCUCCAAAGAACCAGUAGACCAAGUGCAGGAAAUUUGCAGAGUCUUUAAUGGUGUCCUCAAUGGCCACAUUUCCUCUUCUUCUUUAUUUCCUUGUUCCAUUGUUUCUUAUUGUUUCUCUCUCUUCAGCACAAUCCUCCUCUCUCCAAAGCACAGGCAUGGCUUCACCAACUCGAAUUCUAAGCAUGCCUUCUCCUUCUACUUACCCAUUCAGAAGAAUAAGCUUGGGUUCUUCUCUUUCUACAACCCCAACUGGUAAUAAUCAUAGUUACUGGCUCUCCCCUUCUGGUACCUUUGCUUUUGGUUUCUACCCUGUCAGCAAGCCCCAACACUUCAUGGUAGGAGUUUGGAUGCCUAGAACCCCUGAAAAAACACUGAUUUGGACUGCAAAUAGAGAUGAUCCUCCUCUUCUCAAUGGAACCUCCAUCAUUCUAACCGGUAAUGGUAAACUCUUACUGAGAAACAGAGGAAUCCAAGAAAGAUCCAUCACAAACAAUUCAAUUUCAGUAACUUCAGCUGCCUUUUUCGAUAAUGGCAACUUUGUUCUUUACAGUUAUACCAAGGUUGUAUGGCAGAGCUUUGAUGUACCAACCGAUACUAUCGUGAGCGGCCAAAGGCUAUUAAAUGGCUAUGAGCUCCUCUCUUCUUACUCUGAUACCAUCUUCUCCUCUGGUAAGUUCAGGCUCAAAAUGCAAGAAGAUGGUAAUCUUGUGCUUUACCCGAUAAACACCACUGAUACAGCUGAUAAUUCUUACUGGUCCACUGCAACCAAUGGCCAAGGUAACAGUUUAACACUGAAUUUAGACCCAGAUGGUCGCUUAUAUCUCAUGAAUUCUUCUGGUUACUUUGCAAGAAACUUCUCAGAAAGCAAAGAUUCAAGCUUUAUGUAUAGGAUGACAUUAAGUUCUGAGGGUAAGCUUGAAUUAUAUUCUCAUGGCCCUGAAAAAGAUGGUAGCCUGACUUCCUCUAUCAUUUGGGCAGCUAUUGGAGCGCCUUGUGAUGUGAAGGGGAUAUGUGGGGUUAAUAGCUACUGUAUUUUGAAGGAAUUGAAAUACCCAACCUGUAGAUGUGCUCCUGGUUUUAGUGCGCCUGGCCCUGAGAGAACAUUUCUCGACUGCGCAAGGAGCUUCAAAGAUGGGGAAUGCGAAGAUGGAAAACUUAAUUUCACCAUCCAAUCUAUUGAAAACAUCAUAUGGGAAGGCCCUGAAUACACUAAUGGCUUUGUGACUGAAGAUGAUUGCAAAGAAACUUGUCUUGAGGAAUGCACAUGCAUGGCCGCUUUCUUUGAUGCUCAAAAGUGUGCUAUAAUGAAAUCCUCUUUGAGAUAUGGAAGAAGAACUUCUGGUUCAAUGAAGGCUUUCUUCAAGGUUCCACACAAUGUGACCACUAAUGGUUCAUCCAAUAUUUCGCCUAAAAACCCUCCUCAUCCUCCUUAUUUUUCAGGAAACUCAAAUGGUUCAGUUAUAGGGGGAAAUCUAGGUGGGCCUUUUAAUAAGUGGUUCCCCAUUAGCUUGGUGCUUGGAAGUGCUCUUGUGUUGUCUUUAGCAUUCUCUGGUUUUCUUGCCUACCGAACAAGAAUGGGAUGGCACUACAGGCUUUCGAGUAACCAUUCUCUUAAAAACAUAGUGAAUUUGAGAUCUUUUGCUUAUGGUGAGCUUUAUGAAGCCACUAGGGGCUUUGCAGAAGAACUAGGAAAAGGCUCAUUUGGGACAGUAUUCAAAGGGAGUUUAUGUAACAAUGAUGAAGUUGCAGUAAAGAAGUUGGAUAAACUCGGAGAAGAAGGAGAGAAGGAGUUUCGAACCGAGAUGAAUGUGAUCGGUCGAACCCAUCACAGAAACCUGGUUCAUUUGCUUGGCUUUUGUGAUGAGGGUUCUCACAGGCUCUUAGUCUACAAGUUCAUGAGAAAUGGAUCUCUUGCAGAGCUCUUAUUUAACGGAGAAAACCAACCCAAUUGGGAGGAUAGAGUGAAGAUGGCUCUUGACAUAGCUCGAGGACUCUUAUACUUGCACGAAGAGUGUGACACCCAGAUAAUACAUUGUGAUAUAAAGCCUCAAAAUAUACUCUUGGAUGAGUUUCAAACGGCUAGGAUAUCAGAUUUUGGGUUGGCAAAGCGGUUGAAGCCUGAUCAAACGAGGACAUUAACGGGUGCUCGAGGAACCAGAGGGUAUGUGGCCCCAGAAUGGCACAGGAAUGUUCCUGUCACUGCUAAGGUGGACGUGUAUAGCUAUGGUGCAAUGCUACUGGAAAUCAUUUGUUGCAGAAAAAGCUUGAUGGUGGAUGCCCCUGAAGAUGAGAUAAUACUUUCAGAUUGGGUUUACAAAUGCGUUCAAGAUGGUUGCUUGGAGAAACUGAUAGCUCCUGAAGAAUUGGAGGUUCAAGAGGAGACGAAGAGACUGGAAAGGAUGGUCAUGGUGGGGCUAUGGUGUAUUCAGGAAGAACCUGCAUUGAGGCCAUCCAUGAAGAAGGUGGUCUUGAUUUUAGAGGGCACAGUGGAGGUGCAUGUUCCUCCUGACCCUUGGCCCCAUUCGGGCCAAUCUAUAACCUCAUGAAUUUUAGGUGCAGAGGUGAUGGAUAGAAAUUUGAGGGAAAAGCACCACUAUGUUUCAUGGUACACAAUAAGGGUGUUCGUCCUAAUUUCAUGACGAAUGGUAGAGAUCGAUUGUGGUUAGCUGUAACUAAUGAAUUCCAUGUUCCAUGUUAGUUAUAGGGUUAGGUUAGGAUGCUCACACUAUAGAAUAUUUUAUAAUUAUAUUCAAUAAAUUUUGGACGUUUAUAUAUCUUAGUUUUAUACAUUAAAUAUUUUUUUAAUAAGGGUAUUUUUUACCAUUA